UUUCAGUGUUUUUACUGUCUGCCAUUUUUUCAAUGAAAACGUUGACCUUUUUGAAGGUGGACUGGGCUGAAGUGGCGGUGAGGACGUUACAGAACCUACUAUUAGGCCGGGAGGACGGCUUCACCACCCACGACAUAGACAAACUACUCUCCAACUACGCUUGCAAGGCACUGGACUUCCCCUACGCACCCAGGGAGAAGUCUCGCUCCGAUUCUGUGAUCAGUCUCCAGGAUGACCAGUGUCCAGCCCAGGACAGCUGUCCAUCCACCCCCUCUAGGAUGGGAACACCUCCACCUACUGCAGGUAGUACCCCCAUGCACACCUCGUCCUCCAGCAGUUCCCUGGACAGAGGGUCGACGGGCAGGAGAAUCCAGCGCUCCCCGAUCAGUUCCAGCCCCCAGACAGAGCCCCGGUUCGUAAGGACUGGGUCCCAGACAACCAGCAGCAUGUCUGCAUGGUCUGCCAGCGAGAACGCUUCACCAUGUUCAACAGGCGUCACCACUGCAGGAGGUGUGGUCGUCUGGUGUGCCAUGCCUGCUCCGACCACAAGAUGGCGGUAGAGGGCUGCACUGAGGAGG